AUGGAGUACAUGGAGGAGUUGUACGCCAUGGUGCGUAUGAAGUGGCGGCUGCGUCGCAUUGAAACGGGUAUUGCGUGUAACGACGAGGAUCUCCGCUUUUGCUACGACAUACUGCAGGCCGUCUCACGUUCCUUUGCGGUUGUAAUCAUGGAGCUCGAUGAAGAGAUGCGAGAUGCCGUGUGCAUUUUUUACCUUGUCCUUCGUGCCCUCGACACAGUGGAGGACGAUAUGAGUAUUCCCGUCGACUUUAAGCUGCGGGAGCUGCCAAAGUUUCAUGAGCACCUGCACGACACGACGUGGUGCAUGUCCGGCGUCGGUGUGGGCCGUGAGCGCGAGCUUCUUGAGCGCUACACACACGUCACGCGCGCCUACUCGAGGCUUGGCAAGGCAUACCAGGACGUCAUCUCUGGUAUUUGCGAGCGGAUGGCGAAUGGAAUGUGCGACUUCCUUACGCGAAAGGUUGAGACCAAGGCGGAUUACGAUCUCUACUGCCAUUACGUCGCCGGACUUGUUGGGCACGGCCUCACACUUCUGUAUGUAUCGAGCGGGCUGGAGGACGUGCGGCUUGCCGAUGACCUGACGAACGCCAAUCACAUGGGACUCUUUUUGCAGAAGACAAACAUUAUUCGUGACUUUUACGAGGACAUUUGCGAGGUGCCGCCCCGUGUCUUUUGGCCACGCGAGAUAUGGGAGAAGUACACGGACGAUCUUCACGCCUUUAAGGACGAAUUGCAUGAGGCCAAAGCCGUUGAGUGCCUGAACGCGAUGGUGGCGGAUGCCCUGGUGCACGUGCCGCACGUCGUUGAGUACCUCGCCUCCCUGCGGGAUCCAUCCGUGUUUGCCUUCAGCGCCAUUCCUCAGGUGAUGGCGAUGGCUACCCUUUCGCUGGUAUUUAACAACAAGGACGUUUUCCACACGAAGGUGAAGACGACACGCGGUGCCACGGCUCGCAUCUUCCACUACUCAACAGAGCUGCAGGCGACGCUGCAGAUGCUGAAGACAUAUACCCUCCGUCUGGCUGCACGUAUGAAUGCCCAAGAUGCCUGCUACGACAGAAUUGAGCAUCUUGUGAAUGACGCAAUACGUGCUAUGGAGUCACACCAGAAGCCCAAUGGCGAGAGUGUGGCGCGCUCUAUGUUGAUGCGCUACCCCGCGCUUGGUGGUCACCUGCUGUACACUCUCGUUGACAACGUUGUUGGAUAUCUUGGGAAGUAA